ACUGCAGACCACCAGGACAAGCACUAUUACCAUCAUACCUUGGUUACCUACCCAUUGGAUAGUACUGUUGAUCACUCACAAUCCUCUAUAUUCCAAAAGUUUGUAUGAUGUGGCUUGACUUCAAAUCACUCAUUCACUCAUUCACCCAUUACAGUUGCUUCAUAUCAAAGUAAGGAUGGAUGUCGCCAAAGCAGAGGAUGUAGGCAAGACAGAGUUGAUUCCGCGACCUCUUCCGGUUGGAGAUCGAAUAGUCAUUCAGAAACCUCUGUCUAGAAGAGGUAGAGGUCCAGGGUUGUUAAUUCUAACAUCGGAAAGUUACACUCCACGAACUGAACGAAAGACUCUUGAUCCGGAGCCAUGCCAGAAAUGGGCAGAAGAAGGUUUUGUUGUUGUGAACAUUACAAUUCCUGAUCACGCACCAGAAACUGGUGAUACUGAUUUGGGAGAUUAUUUGAAUUCGGGUCGCCAGGCUCUAAAAUCAUUGCCAGAAUGUACUGAUUCUGAUAAAUUGGGACUUAUUUGUAUGUUCUUAUUUGAUAAGAUGACAAUACGGUGUGCGCUUAUGUUUUAUAGAAAGCUGACAAAGGUUUCUAGUUUAUGCUGGAAACUUGGAUAGAAGCGUGUAUACUGACACUGUCUUGAAACUGAUAAGCCGGGAAAUCUUCUUGGUUGCUAUUCUUUUCACAGAUGGCACAAAAAAGCUCACUGCGGAACUUACGCAUGCAUCUAUGCCCCCAUUGAUGGUUCACAGCUCCAAAAGCUUACAUGGCCCUUUGUUGAGAGCUGAUGAUGUCGCUCAUGUAUAUGACACAAACUCUACAAACUUCGUCCUCCCCAGUCAUGAUGACUAUAAAUCAGGGGCUGCAAGUUUGGCACAUACUAGAAGUCUUAGUUUCAUCAAAAAGCACCUUGGUGGACCCAUAUUUGAUCUUGAGGCUAUUUGGGAUGAGCAUACACUUUUUGAAUUUGGUGAACGGAAUGUUGAGAAAACGAUGAGUACCAUGGUUGAUCAACCAUACGUAAAUCAUAUUCCAACAGUACGUAAUCUGUUGCAUUAUUUAUCUUUAUACUAACACAUGUUCUUCUCCCUUAGAUGACAGGUGGUAUUGGAAGAGGGCCUCUUAUGGAUUUCUACAGAAAUCACUUUAUCUUCAGUAAUCCUAAAGAUACUGAGCUUGAACUCGUCAGUCGGACCAUUGGCGUCGACCGAGUCAUUGAUGAAUUCAUUUUCAGUUUCACGCAUGAUCGAAUGAUAGAUUGGAUGUGAGUGAAAUACGAGAAGCAUAAAUGAAUUUCCUGAUUGACGUGGUAAUAGUCUUCCAGGAGUUCCGCCAACACACAAGCAUGCACGGGUCCCAUUCACUUCCGUGGUUAACGUUCGUGGUGAUCGUUUAUACCAUGAACAUAUUGCCUGGGAUCAAGCAACUGUUCUCCGACAGCUCGGCCUCCUACCCGACUAUCUUCCCUUCCCAUAUCCUCUUCCUGGUGGCCGACUUCCUGCUAAGGGCAAGCGAUUCGAAUAUCGAGUACCCACGGCUGGCGUAGAAACCGCACAAAAAUUGGUCGAUGAGAGUAGUGUGGUGAGCAAUGGGUUGUUUGGAUUUGACAUCCGGGAAGUGGAUGACAUAUAAUGUUAAUAUUACUUUCGAGGAUAUGCGAGCUAAUAAUUGAUUGGUAGUUAACAAAUACUGCCAAGCAUAUCUCGGGGCCCUUUCCUUGCAUUGUUAUAAACAUAACUAAUCAUUUCUCAUGUUAGUUCAGAGCAGCUCAAGGGUUCGUGGGUUCAUAUCUUGUUCUCCGCCCAGUGAGAGUAUACUUUGCCAUUCAUAAUAUCAUGGAGGUAGCACUCUCCUAUGAGCUCAUAAUACACUGGCUCAGGCUCUCGAGCUU